AUGUGGGGCGACACAGAAAAACCGGAUCCACUGCUUCUGGGAACUCAUAUCGGUGACGGCCGUCACCAUCCGCAUCAUCCGCACCAUCAUGCUCAUCAUGCUCAUUUUGGGCUUGCUGGAAAACCAUUCUACCACGUGGAUCGAUUCGCGGUGACGGCUACUUCAUCGUCAACGACGACGACAACUACCAACUCUUCUUCAUCUAACCAUCAUCUUCCAAAUCAUUUACAUCAUCAUCAUCAUAAUGGUAUGACUGCUGGUACAUCUUCAAUGGGACAAAUCAAUGGUACUGGAUCAACUGGUUCACGGACAAGAAAUCCUCAGCCAAUUGUUAUGUGGAAAGGAGAAACAAGUCGGAAGAAACGUUUCGGUUAG